AAAAACCUUCAACUCAAAAUCAUGAAGAAUCAAACUUCUGAUUAGCACAGAGGCGUAGAAGAAUCAUCCUCUUCCAAUUAGGCUGAUAUAAUCUUCUGGUUAGAAUAUUGCGAUUUCACUCACUUGAAGAAUCUAGAGUCAAGCUCUGAAACAAUUCACUCUUUGCUCAUCUUCUUCAGAGAAUGGAAAACGAAGAGGAUCCUGUGAAGAAACAGCAGAUUGUGGAUGCGCGGGCAAGAAACGUCAGUCACAAUGUCCGUUGCUUAGAGUGUGGUAGUCAGUCCAUUGAAGAAUCUCAAGCUGAUAUUGUUGUUCUCCUUAGGAAGCUUAUUCGCGAUGAAAUCAAAUUAGGAAAAAGCAACAAAGACAUCUAUAAAAAGCUUGAAGACGAGUAUGGGGAGAUGAUACUUUACGCUCCAAAGUUUGACUGGCAGACUGCAGCCUCGUGGCUAUCACCGGUCAGUAAUCAGUUUAAUUUGUUUUUGUAAAUCGAACGUUUAUUGAAUUUAAGCAUUUAACAAUGGGUCUAAUAUACUUUUGUAACUCUGAUGUGGUAAAAUUAUUACUGAAAAACUUUUUUUCUAAUCUUGUGUAGGUGGCAAGGGGUAACAUGACCACACGAAUCAAAUUUGAGAAGGGACUAUAAUGAAUAAUGCAUGUAGGCGUAAACCGGUAUGAAUUGUGAUUGAUGGUAAAGUAAUUUAGUUGGUAAGCAAAUUAAAUUCUCG